UGUCGGUGUGGUGCGUGCGGUCGGACUGUGGUUGUGUUUCACGUCUGGCCGACUUGAUAACGACACACUUGGAGCGCAUAUCGAGAUGGGAGUUCUGCAGACAUGGCUCUGAAACAAACUGCCCUAACGCUGCUGGCCCUGCUCGGGUCGGCUGCUGUCGGUGAUGCUUUACGUUGUAACUGCACAAACUGUGUGCAAACAGGCUUUGAGUGCGAGACAGAUGGCGCCUGCAUGGCCUCUACCUACAUGGUACAUGGGAAGGAGGAGCACGUGCGUGUCUGCAUCAGCCUCGACGAACUGGUUCCUGCUGGACACCCCAUCUACUGUCUCAGUGCUGAUGGCUACAUGAACACUCACUGCUGCUACGUAGAUUACUGCAACAGCAUUGACUUGAAAGUCCCAGUCCCAACGAAGAGUGGACCCUGGUCGAGCUCUGGAAGCACGUUGGGACCAGUGGAGCUGGUGGCGAUCAUUGCGGUUCCGGUGUUCCUGCUCGCCGUGCUCUUAUUAGUUGGCUUGUUUUGGUUUUGCUAUCAUCAGAGAGCUUACAGCCACAGACAGAGGCUGGAGGUGGAGGAUCCUUCCUGUGAUCAUCUCUAUUUAGCCAAGGACAAGACCCUGCAGGACCUCAUUUAUGACUUGUCCACCUCUGGAUCAGGAUCAGGGUUGCCCCUGUUUGUUCAGCGUACGGUGGCCAGGACCAUCGUACUGCAGGAGAUAAUAGGAAAAGGUCGUUUUGGGGAGGUAUGGCGAGGGAAGUGGAGAGGAGGAGACGUGGCAGUGAAGAUUUUCUCAUCAAGAGAGGAGCGCUCCUGGUUCAGAGAGGCUGAGAUCUACCAGACAAUCAUGCUUCGGCACGAAAACAUUCUAGGAUUCAUUGCAGCAGACAAUAAAGAUAACGGCACAUGGACUCAGCUGUGGUUGGUGUCAGACUAUCACGAGCAUGGCUCUCUUUUUGACUACCUGAACCGCUACUCCGUCACCAUCGAGGGUAUGAUCAAGCUUGCACUUUCGGCUGCAAGCGGCCUGGCACACCUGCACAUGGAGAUCCUCGGCACUCAGGGUAAGCCAGGCAUUGCUCACCGUGACCUCAAAUCUAAAAAUAUCCUUGUUAAGAAGAACGGCACGUGCGCGAUAGCUGACCUUGGACUGGCAGUCCGCCAUGAGUCCAUCACAGACACAAUCGAUAUAGCUCCCAACCAGCGUGUGGGCACUAAGAGGUACAUGGCUCCUGAAGUCCUGGACGAAACCAUCAACAUGAAACAUUUUGAUUCCUUUAAGUGCGCUGACAUUUAUGCACUCGGCCUGGUGUACUGGGAGAUCGCACGUCGCUGCAACACAGGAAGUAUUCACGAAGAGUACCAGCUGCCCUACUAUGACCUUGUGCCCUCCGACCCCUCCAUAGAGGAGAUGAGGAAGGUGGUUUGUGACCAGAAACUGAGGCCCAACGUGCCUAACUGGUGGCAGAGCUAUGAGUCUCUGCGUGUGAUGGGGAAGAUCAUGCGGGAGUGCUGGUACGCCAACGGAGCGGCCAGGCUGACGGCUCUGCGCAUCAAGAAGACUCUGUCCCAGCUCAGUGUGGAGGAGGACGUCAAGAUGUGAGCGGCCAGGCGGCGAAAUAAAACGACGCGCUGGAGACGCACAUGCCCGGUCACACUCCCACAUAGGAAACAAACACUAAAGACAAGACUGCAAGUGAAAACCCUGCCAGUUUUAAAGCCACACUCCAAGUUGUGACAAGGCCUACCUCACCUUUUUAGCCAAAACUACUGAAAAUCACUCUCCCACCCCCGGGUCCCUUUACCCCUCGUCUCAUCUCAACGCUCCUCUCCACGGUCGACGACACACAACAGCACUACGGGUGCUAAUAUCAUAACACUCCACCUUCUUCUUUUCAUCUCCCAGGGCAGGAAUUACUACUAAUGUACAGUGACACCAUUUUUAUUAUUAUUAUCAUCAUCAGUUUGUUCUGUGACAAACUAAACGUUUCCAGAGGAGUCGAGUACGUUGCAGAUUUCAAACUUACCGCCUCGCAUUCUUUUUGCAUUAUCUGUUGCUGUGUGCAAGGCGAGGGGGGGUAGGGGGGAGGCUGACGCACUGUUUUUAUUUGUGUGUUUGUGUGUAAAUGGUGUCUGAACUACUAGCAUGUGAUGUCUUCUGGUGCAGGCUGUAGUUCAUUAGACUAAAACAAAAGAUCAGUCAUUUGGUAAGUGAGCAUCAUCAGCCAGCUUUCAUGGCACACAAACAAAAAUGAGUUGCACUCGUCUGUAGCUUCCUCUGUGUGUGUGCGUGCGUGCGUGCUUGUGUGUGUGUGUGUGUGUCGCACAAUGGAUGUCCUGGUGUUCGUUUGAAACGUGGCAGGGAAAAAUGUUUGGGAUGGUUUUAUUAUUAUUAUUUUUCUAAUUUAUUUGUUGAUAGAUUGUGUCAUAUUGAUGAACACUGUGAGAUGAGACGCAACAGACCGCAGUCUUGAAAAGAAAUUUUACUGUUUUUUUUUUUUUUUUUGAUCAGACGUCAGAUGAAACGUUGCCGUCGUUUAGUGAGAUGGUUGACGAGUUUAGCCAUGACCCUGUCGGUGAUAUCGUGCACACUGAGCAAAUAAGAAGCGUGUGAAAUGCAAGCGGUGAAUCCAUUUCUUUGUUUUGUUUUUAAAUACUUGGUGUUUUUGUGUAAAGAGGUCGUCGUGGCUUUUCUUUUUACUUUGACAUGAGACACUACUGAUGAUGGGUACAUGUGAUGCUUUUUAUUGUCUGUGUAAAAAUGUCCGUUCUCCCCGUUAUAUGCAGCAAGCUUCAGUGUGACAUUUGAACAGUGAAUUUGCUCCCAACGGUACUUUCACGGGGCUAUUAUUAUUUGUCUGCAUGGUUUCUUUCUAACUGUGCUUUUUUCAAAAGAACUCUGUUUAUUAUUGUUUAUUAUUUUUGUUUUUCCUCAAUUGCUCCUCUCAUGGCAGUUCGGUGGUACUACUGAUCCCAGAUCUACACACGCUCAAGUUUCAGUAUUUGUCCUGUGUGAUGACAUUUCCUUCUCUUUUAACACUGGAACACAUAGAAGCAUUGUGUCAAUGAAAUACUACCACUUUUUUUUUGUUUGUUUUAACCCCCCCCCAUCCCCAGGAAACUGACAAUUAAAAUGUAAAAUGUGGGAGAAGUUGAAGUGAAUCUGCAGAGUGAAAAUGCAUGUUUUCAUCCCGGUUCUGCAGCUCCGAGUCUUUCUGUGGACACUAUGAAAGUAUUCCGCUGAUGUGACCUUUGGUAUGACCUUGACUCUGUUCUGAAGGGCGUUCGUUACUUAGUUAAUUAACGUUAACGAAGCCAUUCAGAAUCCAUGGGUCAUGUUGGUGUCCGUUCUGCAUGCUGCCUCAAACACUGGGUUGUCUGCACUGUUUUUCCAUCACCCACAGAUUGAUUAUUUUUUCCUGUUCUGUUUGUUUCAUUUGUAACCCAGAAUUGUUGCUGCUACUGAUAACGUGUGUAGAAAUGUAGUGGAAAGAUGGAAGUGGAUGACUGCUGAACCAAAACUGUCCAAAAAGAAGAAAAAAAAGAACCAACACUCCUGUCCAUGUUUGGUUUGUUGCCAUGGGUAUUUGAUCAUCAUGUUCUUAGGUAAUAUUUCAAGUUGUUAAAAGUAAUAAUGUGCAGAUCUUUUCCAAAUUAGUUCAAAAGUGUAUAUAG